UUUAUGUUUUUUUUUUUUGGUUCUUUUCGGAGCUGGGGACCGAACCCAGGGCCUUGCGCUUCCUAGGCAAGCGCUCUACCACUGAGCUAAAUCCCCAACCCCGUGAGACAGUUUUUUAAUGUCAUUAAAUAUCUGGCAAUUGGAGCAGCUUCUGGAAACAACAAAUGCUGGGAAACUUUAUGGUCCACACACCAUAAAGACAGUGGUGGAACUGCAAGAUCAGCUUUGACCUCCUAAUGCCAGGGUUGGUGCCAUGUGCAAGGUAAGAGCCUGCUCAGUACCACUGAGUCGUGGCUGGGGCUAUCUGGGGCUAGCAGUUAUUACCGGCUGAAUGUCUCCCUGGUGCAUUCCUAACCUGCACAUUUUAAUGAGGUGCUUUCACUUCUCAAGCCACUGCAACGCUGAGCCUUUGCCUUCUCUGAAGAGCGGCGUCUAGAUCGGCUUAGAUCUUGGUGGGAAGCCCCACCCACUGGGUCCACCCAGCUAGGCGCGUCCCAGAAAGACUUUUGUCCGCCUUCGGCCGCCUUCCAACGCUUGCCCGCUUCCGCCUUCGUGCACGUGGUCAACUUCGGGGUUCCGCGGCGCCCCUGCCGCCUAUGGCUGGAAACAAGGUGCCACCAGCGCUGCCCUCACACCAGCCGGACAGGAAGGGCCGAGGUGGCUGGGUUUGGGAGGAGACGGAGCAUCCUGCCAAGAGGGUCAAGGGCGGUGAGGAUGAAGAGCCUCCACGCAAGCUGCCAAAGCGCAAAAUUGUGCUGCUCAUGGCCUACUCCGGCAAGGGCUACCACGGCAUGCAGAGGAAUCUGGGGUCCUCCCAGUUCAGGACCAUCGAAGAUGACUUGGUAUCUGCCUUAGUCCAGGCAGGUUGUAUCCCUGAAAACCAUGGCACAGAUAUGAGGAAGAUGUCUUUCCAGCGAUGUGCUCGCACAGACAAGGGUGUGUCUGCAGCUGGGCAGGUGGUAUCCCUAAAGGUGUGGCUAAUUGAUGACAUCCUGGACAAGAUCAACAGCCACCUUCCAUCCCAUAUUCGGAUUCUGGGACUGAAGAGGGUCACAGGUGGGUUCAACUCCAAGAACAAGUGUGACGCCAGGACCUAUUGCUACAUGCUACCUACCUUUGCCUUUGCUCAUAAGGACCGGGAUGUACAGGAUGAGAGCUAUCGCCUAAGUGCAGAGACCCUGCAGCAGGUCAACCGGCUUCUGGGCUGCUACAAAGGCACGCAUAACUUCCAUAACUUCACAUCACAGAAGGGGCCGAGAGAGCCUAGUGCACGCCGCUACAUUCUGGAGAUGUACUGCGAGGAGCCCUUUGUUCGGGAGGGCCUGGAGUUUGCUGUGAUCAAGGUGAAGGGCCAGAGCUUCAUGAUGCACCAGAUCCGGAAGAUGGUUGGCCUGGUGGUAGCCAUUGUCAAGGGUUAUGCCCCUGAGAGUGUCCUGGAGCGAAGUUGGGGUGAGGAGAAGGUGGAUGUGCCCAAGGCACCAGGGCUUGGCUUAGUCCUGGAGAGGGUUCACUUUGAGAAGUACAAUCAACGCUUUGGCAGUGACGGGCUGCAUGAGCCCCUGGACUGGGCACAGGAGGAAGGGAAGGUGACUGCUUUCAAGGAGCAAUACAUCUACCCUACCAUUGUCAGCACUGAGCGGGAUGAGCGGUCCAUGGCCCAGUGGCUUAACACUUUGCCGAUCCACAACUUCAGUGGCACUGCACUUGGAGCGGAUGACACAGGUGCCAAGGUCCCCAGCUCCCUGGAGGGCAGUGAAGGGGAUGGAGACACUGACUGAACCGUAGAUGCUGCCCUGCUGUGAGUGCUGAGGCUGGAAUCUCCGCACCUGCCUGUCACCCGGGCCUGGGGAGCCAAGAAUCUGGGGCCAGCUUGUGGAUGUGGCCUGGCUUCAUAACCUCAGGAUAUUAAAUUCUCACCCCGGGAAUCAGCUGCCUAUUUUAGCCCAUGCAUUGUGUGUAUACACCUUGGCAUGAAAGGACACUUUUUUAAAAAAGAAGUGAUUUUUUUCCUAUUAAAAUAUGUUUUGCUUAGUGAA